UCUAUCGUUUUUAACACAAACUUCGCAGCAAUAUCGUUGUCAGAGAAGAUGAGGUUUUAUUUGUUUAGUUAAUCUGAUAUGAUUCUUUGUGAAUUAAAGUUGCGUGUUGUGUAUUAAGUAGUGUUAAGUAUAUUCGUAGUUUUAUUUGGUAAAUCCAUGUCCGGGCUGUGAGUCCACUCCGGGUUUUGAGAGAGUUUCCCAACUGUCACUGUCUGUUGCUCCGGGAGGAGAAGCGGGUAAAACUGUAAACAUUGAUCCAUUCCGAUGGAGAUGUUUUGUUUGGUAGCUUGCUAGACUUUAUUAUAGUGUUGUUUUAUCAGAAGUAAGCAGAGCUGCUCUACUUUUGUUACUUUUACGUCUUCUAAUAACUUAACUUUACCGGCAGCUAACCGCUAACGUUAACCAGACCAGCGACAGUUUAACCCGUUAGCUAGCUAGCUAGCUGGGGUUACAGCUCAGCAGCUAACGUUAGCAAAACAACAAGAUAAUGUUAACAUAUCAACGUUAGCCCUUAAACUAUCAAACGUUACUACCUACCGUAUCCUGAUGCAACUUGAUGGAGGACUACGACAACUUUGUGCAGCAUCGUCUCUCCCAUGUGAGGAGAAGUGAGGAGAAACACAACAAACCUCCACCUGCAUCCUCUCUCAUCCGCUUCUAUGGACAACCCAUCCUUCCUCCCCUGCUGUCAGGGGAACAGAGAGAGGAGAUGCAGCGACACAGAGAUGCAGCGCAGAAAGCUGCUGCGCAGAAAGCUGCUGUCCACAGAAAGUUGAAGGAUGAUGCACGAAUGGCCUACGUGCAAACUAUCCUACACAGUGUUCAGCUGAGGAAGACACCAACACUGGAGGAGUUGCUUCAAGAGUCAGAAAUGAACACAAAAUCUUCAUAUUCCCCUAACACCAGCGGUGGAUCAGUGUUGCAGAACAAAUUUGUCGUAGGAACAAAUGGUAGUCUUUCGCUCUCACCACCACCUGAAAGGAAAGAAAAGGAUGGUGUUUCUCUUCCUCCGUUGACAUCAACUACAUAUAGUGCCUUUUUCGCCUCUAAUGUGACACAUCAGCAAAGUUACAUGGAAGGAUGCCUUAUUGACCAACAUUACAGCCAACAGGGAUCACAGCCAAGUUCCCUUAUUGGUGCGAGCCACCAGUCUUCAGGUUACGUGACCUACGAGAAUCUUGAAAACACCACCGGCGUAUCUGGAAGAAUUGAUGCAGGGAGAGAGAGCCAUGGCUUUGGCUCCUCAGAGGGAGCUUUUAAUAUGGGUGGCUUUUUCCUUCACAGCACCUCAAACACUAUCGCCAAGAUGCCAGAUAUUAUUAGCCACCCUCCCAUAGAUGGAGAGGAAUUGGAAAGGAGUGGACUGGAAUCAUCCUUUUGUAAUGAUGUUAUAGCAGUAAAAGACAUUUGUUGCUUCUCAGUCCAGGAGGAUUCAGUCAUAUGUGACCAUUUACCUGUAGAGAAAUCUGAAAGCAGCUGUGUGGACAGCACAGAGGGUGACGAUAACCUUCCCUUUACUACAAUGCUUGACCUUGACAAAGAUCACAAUUUGGACAGAAUUGAGGACUCAGUCUCUUCAUCAGAAAACAGUGGCUUUUCAGACACUCCAGAGUUAUCACAGACAUUAAGCACUCUUCACUGUCCAACAAGAGAACUGCAUAUUCAGCUCGACCCCACAGAAACAGAACCGGCAGACAACCAUGUAGACGAAGCAAACCCAUCUGAGGAGCCUUAUCGUCUGAGCCUCCAGGCCUUGCUGAAGAAAUCUCAGGAGUAUCGGCGGCGCCAGCGGAUGCUUAGGAACCAAGCCAAAAACACUAAAAUCCAGGAGAGGACACAAGAACAGCCAAAAGCAAGGGCGGAGGAGCAGAGCCUCUCUGAUAAGGAGAAUGACGAGUUCCCUUACAAGGGCACUGUGACUGCAAACGGGAAGAAAACUAAAGAGAGGAGAGGCACUUUUAUGCCGUCAGUGGAAACGUCACCAAAGAAAUCCUGGGAAAAUGAGAGGAUGAUUGAGAGUGAGUUUUCUGGGGAAAAGGCAAACUUUAAAUCUGAAAGCACACAUUUAACAGGAGAUGGAAAUACUAUGGAAAUGACUCGUGUUGAGGAAGAAACAAUCUUCAAAAAUAAUAGGCUGAACAUUUCACAAGAGGUCAUAACAGAGCCUAAACAAAUCUGUGCCUUCCCCCAGCAACAGCCCAUGUCUACAGACACCUCACCUGUUCAGGAAGCCUUUUACUUGACCACCUGUCCCACAGCUUUUUAUAAAGGAGUCGGGAAAUAUUACACUAUCCCAGCCCCGAAUUUCUGCAGGAGUCCUGUUCACUGCAAAAGCAAAGGCAGUAUCCAAGAUGGAGAAGCUAUUGACGGGGUAGAGACCUCAAAAGUCAGUACUGGUUUGAUAGAAGACCACAAGGUUGAAGAAGUUAACCUGGGACGUCAAAACAGUCCCACAGCAGUUCCUUCCACUGUGAAUCUCAUAGUUGAAGAUGAUGUAAAAAACGUUUCCACCAAGAGUUCACAGCACAUAGAUCAGCUUGAGUCCAACCUGUCCAGUCUGAAAGUACUGAUCUCGGAUCUGGAGUCCACACUGACAGAAAACCUGGAGAAUCACAGCCAAACUGAGAGCAACGCGCAAAGUGAGUUCAGUUUUGAAAGCAUCGAGCAAAUUAAAAAUGAACAACAUCAGCUUCGUCAAAGUGAUUGUGACUAUUGGGGGGACAAACUGAGGGAUAAUGACGAUAGCAAUGAUGCAGAGCAAGACCGAACGUACAGGGAGCGGCCGAGAAGACAGUCAUUAGACAAUUUCAAGAGCAUGCAUGAAGAUACAGGACCUGAACCAAGCAUCAGUGAGACAAAUGAUGUAACUCUAAUCGUAAAAGGAGCCGAGGCAGUUAACUUAAGUGAGCUCAGGCUAGUCAAAACCUUAGCUACAGAGAGAGGAAAGGAAAAAGAGACAUGUAAAGAAGGACUUACAAAGAGUUAUAGACAGCAUGGCAUCUGCAGAAAGCAGCAGCCCCCAGCUAAAGGUAUCUUCUCUGUAGCACAGCGGCUGCGAAUUCCCGACGUAUUCAGAAAUGUUCCAUCAGAAACCACAGCUCCACAUAACGUCUCAGUGCUUUCGGAUACCAGUAACCACCCAGUGGACAGGAGGAAUGAGACAGCUGCAGAAGGUCACGACUCUCCCCGCUCACCAUCUCUCAACCAGUCGUAUGAUGUGGACGCGCCGUCUGGCCUGUGGCUUGUCGAAGGGUCUCGGUCCGACUUGGGAUCAAAAGGUCAUCUUGUUCAGGAGCAACAUCUGACCCCAGAGAGUGGGGGUGAAGGUCAGGGCGGGGUCUCCAAGGUCAAACGGAGACUGCUAAUGCAUGUGGCAGAAGAGAUACAGGAAAGGAGUGCAGAUGCCAGCGGAGGAGCAGGCUCUGCGGUCAGACCCAACUCCAGCACUCUUCCUGCUGCAGUGCGGCGGUACGAAGGCCAUGGCUGUCAAAAAGACAAACAGGAACAACUGAAGCAGGCCCACGCCGCUCAGGUCAGAGCCCUGCAAGAUGAGCACAGGAGACAACAGGAAGAACUACUGCAGGUAUUGGCAGUGCGUUACCGUGUCCUCCAGAGCGUGUCCUUCCCUUGCACCAUGUCAAGCUCACAUCUUGGGGACACGUUGACCUUUUCUACCCUCUCUCAGCCCUCCAGCCUACGCUCAGGGCACUACCGCCCCCUGCUGGUAGCAGCCGUGAAAGGUUUUCUAACUCGCAGGCUGCUGAAGACUGAGAGAGUGGCGCAGCUGGUGCGCACCAUCAGGGACACACAGCAGUUCCUGCAGGCCCUCCAGCAGCAGAACCCUGGCAGAGGAGAGUUCUGUAGCAGACAGGACCUUUUGUUGCAGGAGAGAGUCACUCUGCAGCUGCGCGCUGCCCGUUAUGAGGUCAACGACAUAUUCUUCAGCCUGUCAGCCGGAGAGAGGAUGCAGCUGAUCAGCUGGGACAGAGAGCUGGCCAGGGAGAGAGAGCUCAGACGACAGAGUGGGCACACAGGACAUCCCAGAGGAAAGAGUACUCUGUCAGCUGCAACACAAAAAUCACUGGAGAGGAAGAGAGGAAUGAUGAUCCAGAAGAAGUUAGCAGGAAGGCACAGGGGAGUUGUGACGAGGACUGGACACACUGGAUUCUCUGCCGAGCAGCCACUGGAAACCAAACAAGGACAGUUCAGAGCAAAUCCUCAGAGGGUCCCAAAGAGCACUUGCUCCUCUAGACCCCGAUGACACUUACCUAAUUGGCCCCAGUGAGGGCCCCUAAUAAGACCUCUAGCGAUUACAUGAAUAUUGUAUAACCAGUCAUUUGAGAGUUUCCCGAUCCAAAUUUGACACAAAGUGAUGGUUGUUGCUGACAAAUACAUCAUUGUAUUUCA